AUGCCGUCGUUCUCAGUUGUCUGGCCAGAUUACACACAAGCCGCAGAAGGUGACCCCUCCAAGCCCUACACCGUUGAACCAGAUCGUCGGAUUUUCACCCAAAUUCUGACCAAAGUUGUGCACCACAUCGACUUUCUGCUCGAGGACUGGUACCCCGACUUGGGAACGCGUUUCAACCAAUCCAACAGUGGGGAGUACCUCGUUCACCGCGUCAUCCCUUGUACGGCGUGCGCCAGGCAACUACCGCAGCCACCUCUUACAGUUGAGCCAUCGGAUGUCGAUGAUGCCAUGUCAACACUCGACAAUGUCCUCAAAACCGCG